AAUAUUAUUUUUUCUAAUGGAACAAUCCGACUACUAACAAAUGAUAUAGAGAUAAUAAAUAACAAUUCCAAAAAUAUUUAAUUUUUUUGUGAGUAAUUGAACAAUGAACUUGGAAAAUAAUUUAACACUUUUAUGCUUAAGGUUGACGUGAUAAGAAUUUUUUUUCAUCGACUAUCCAAUCCAAAUGAAUGCCGGAAAUUGUUUUGGUUUUAUUACUUGUACAUAUGAUGUAAAACCUAAUAUUGUUAUAAAGAGGAAGAAACUACAAGAGCUAGCAUACUUUACCUUCAAAGACAAAGUUUCAUGAGAGAAAAAAAGGGGAGAAAGAAAGAUGAGUACCCCACAAAAUCAGCUAAGUUUGACCUCCAUGUCUGAAGAGGAAGAAGCAUUUGGUUACGCUUGGUGUUUACGUUCGUCCGACAUGUUGUGUUUUGUCCUGGAUGCUGCCAUCCAGCUUGGUGUCUUCGAAAUCAUAGCAAAAGCAGGCCCUGGUGCACAUCUUUCCUCGUCCGAGAUCGCUUCUCAGCUUCGUGCAAACAACCCUGAGGCGCCUUCCCUUCUGGAUCGCGUGCUACGACUCCUUGCUUGCUACGAUUUAGUUACCUGCGUUACGCGCAACCUUGAUGGAAAUGAAGAUGGUAAUAAUAAGAUUGAGAGGGUCUAUGGACUUGCUCUGCCUGGAAAAGCAUUUGUUCCUGAUGAAAAUAAAGGAUCUUUGGCUGGUUUUACUUUCAGCAAGACCAAGAUAGAAGCCUGCCUAUCCUUGAAAGAUAAGAUUCUUGAUGGUGGGAAUGUGUUUGAGAGACUUUACGGGGUGCAAAUGCCGGUGUACCAAUAUAUGAGCUUAAAUUCAGAAAUGGCGAGGAAAUUUGACAGCACAAUGACUAAUAUUUCAAAGAUUGUUAUGAAGAAAGUGUUGGAUAAGUACCAAGGAUUCCAAGGGAUAACAACAUUGGUAGACGUUGGAGGUGGAUAUGGCAUUACUCUCAGCAUGAUCAUCUCUAUGUACCCUUCCAUUAGGGGCAUUAACUACGACUUGCCUCAUGUAAUACAAGGGGCACCAUCUUUUUGCGGCAUCGAACACAUUGGAGGAGAUAUGUUCUCAAGUGUUCCUAAAGCAGAUGCCAUAAUGAUGAAGGAUGUACUUCACAAUUGGAAUGAUGAACGUUGCUUAAAGGUGUUGAGAAACUGCUACGAGGCAUUGGCGGACAAAGGGAAAGUGAUUGUAGUGAGUUACGUGAUGCAUGAGGAACCACAGGCAAGUAAUGGUGCUAAGUUUGUUUGUCAUAUGGACCUCUUGAUGGCAUUGCAAGAUGGAGCAAAGCAAAGAACAGAAAGCCAAUUCAAGGACUUGUCAAAGGCUGCUGGAUUUUCAAACUUUCAACUUAGCUCUCGUAUUUUCAAUGCAAUUGGUGUCAUGGAAUUCUACAAAUGAUUUUGCUUUAAUUUGUUUUGUUUCUAAUUAAGGUGUUUUGAUGUUAAUCCAGAUUGAAUAAUAGUAUAAUGCAUGGAAAUGGUUCCACAUC